UGUAACGAUAGCCAACAUGGCGUCACUUCUCAUUUUUGCUUUCAUACUUAUUGGGAUUUCAGAAGGGUUCUUGUUUGAGCCAAGUGGUGAUGAGAGAGUAGCUAAUCUUCAGCUCCAUACAAGGGCAAAUGGAGUUGAUUCAUCUGGCAACUAUCUGGGUGUGACAAUAGCCUACGAUGAUGCUCAGGCCUUGAGAGACUCCAACUUUAACCCUGCCCUUCCCACUAAGUUCUUCAUUCAUGGCUGGUUUGCUGGCAGAGAAGAUGACUACAUGGCUGAGAACACAAAUGCUUUAUUGAUAAAGGACUCUAUGAAUGUGUUCACAGUGGACUGGUCCAGUGGCUCAUUCAACAUUGACUACACAAAAUCUAGAGAGCUAACAAAGGUUGUGGCAAGAGAGGUUGCAGAUUAUAUUAAGUUUCUUGCAGCUAAUACUGGAUUGGAUAUGAAUACAGUUCAUGUCAUAGGUCACAGUCUAGGGGGCCAAACAGCAGGAUAUAUUGGUAUGCAGCUACAGAACCCAAAGAUCGGUCGCAUCUCAGGACUUGACCCUGCAGAGUUGGGUUUUGACCUUGAGGACAAAGAUGAUGUAUUAGACCCAACUGAUGCAGAUUUUGUUGAUGUUAUACACACAAGCUGGAUAUCUGAGCAACCGAAAGGACAUGUUGAUUUCUACCCUAAUAAUGGGGAGACUGGUCACUUGAUGGCGAUUUACUACUUUAAUGAGUCUAUCAACUCCAAGUGUAAACACACUGCAUACAAGUGCUCAGAUUGGGAUGCUUUCAUUAAUAAAAGGUGCACUGACAAUGGAACAAACCUUAUGGGAUUUUAUGCCAGCCCAAAUGCAGCUCAGGGGAAACUCUAUAUCCAGGUGGCUGAUAACAAACCAUAUUGUCCCAUAUAGACUGAGUGUGAAAAACAUGGUGUUUGAGAAUAAUAAUUGUUAGAAUAAUAUCUUGAGUAUUACUUAGGUGUAAGGCUAAUACACAAAGCCUGCAGUUCAAUAUGGUAAUAAAUGGUAAAAUAAAUGGCAAAAUUCCUUUCUUUCUCGUUUUCAAAGAAAAUUAAAUU